UAUGUUCGGGCACUUCUCCUCGUCGAAAGUCGGAAAACGGAAUUUCCAGCUUCCCCGACUGCAGCAUAAGCUCAAAAUGUACUGCCGUAGUAAUGACUCCUUAUAUGGUAUGGAAUGUUACGUAAGUGUGAUGACGUCAAUAAGUCACAAGACCGCGCGAGCUGAGCUGUGUGAGCGAGGACACAAAGUAGCUGCUCUCACUGUGUAACGUCUUCAAAGCUAGCAAGGAGGCACUCGAGGAAGCAUGGCCGCCGUGGGCAACGACGGGCAGCACUUGCCGGACGGAAAGGACAGCGCGUUCCUGUGAUACCCUUCGCCUUAUAGUCUCGGGACGGGAAGAGAGCGCCGUAACACCGAGCUCCUCAUCUCCAGUAACCUGCGUCUUACGAGUCACCAUUAGUGAGCUCACGUCGGAGCUAAGCUAGCGCGACCGCUAGCUUGGCCGCCUCCGGAGGUGGCAUCUGUUUCGUGGGGGAUGUUGUCCGUGCUGUCGUACGGGAGACUGGUUGCCAGAGCUGUCAUCGGCGGACUCUCGCAGACGGACGGCCGCGACUACAGCCUGGUGACGGCAAGCUGCGGCUUUGGCAAAGAUUUCCGUAAAGGCAUCCUCAAGAAAGGAAUGUGUUAUGGGGACGACGCGUGCUUCAUCGCCCGACACAAAUCUGCCGAUGUUUUGGGUGUGGCAGAUGGAGUAGGAGGCUGGCGAGACUAUGGCGUGGACCCGUCGCAAUUUUCCAGCACUCUGAUGAAGACGUGCGAGCGCCUGGUGAAGGAGGGACGUUUUGUUCCCAGCCACCCCGUCGGAGUCCUCACCACCAGCUAUUAUGAACUGCUGCAGAACAAAGUGCCGCUGCUCGGCAGUAGCACAGCCUGCAUCGUGGUGUUGGACCGCCAGAGUCACCGGCUGCACACGGCCAACUUGGGGGACUCGGGCUUCCUGGUGGUUCGCGGGGGGGAGGUCGUCCACCGCUCCGAUGAGCAACAACAUUACUUCAACACGCCCUUCCAACUGUCCAUCGCUCCUCCCGAGGCCGAGGGGGCCGUCCUCAGUGACAGCCCGGACGCAGCCGACAGCUCUUCCUUUGACGUCCAGCUGGGUGACAUCAUCCUCACUGCCACCGAUGGCCUGUUUGACAACAUGCCUGACUACAUGAUCCUGCAGGAGCUGAAGAAACUCAAGAGCGCCAACUAUGAGAGCAUUCAGCAGACUGCCCGCAGUAUUGCGGAGCAGGCCCACGACCUGGCCUACGACCCCAAUUACAUGUCACCUUUUGCACAGUUUGCCUGUGACAACGGACUCAACGUUCGAGGAGGGAAGCCAGAUGACAUAACAGUGCUGUUGUCCAUAGUGGCAGAAUACACUGACUAGGUUCAACACUAGACUGUGACUGGAUGGACUGCUUUGUCUCCUGCUGGACAGGAUGAAGGAUUCAGGAUGUCAGAUGUUUUGUUUUUUUUCCCUCCCAACAUGCCGCAGCUGUUCUUUACCCCAAACCUUAGCUGACCAGGUGGAUGUAAAAACAGCAGCAGGCCCUAAAAAAACAACUUUGCAAACUGCAAUGCUCCCUCUGUAAUUUUUGUGCGAGCGAUAGAAGUCACAUGAUGAAACGUUUUUGAGUGUUUAGGCAGACCGGGGGGGGGGUUGGACUUUUGAAAAUGUUCGAGCGGCCCCGUUCUGGGCUGCCAGAAGGGAAGUUUACGCUUCAUUCUUUCUGUUGAGAAAGGUGCUUGCACAUGGUGCGGCAUCCUUCAGGCUGGUUAAAUGGAUGCGUGAUUCUUAGCAAAUUUUAUACAUGGAUGCAGAGAGCAGAUGUUUUAUAGUUUGUCGUCCUUGUAUCUUUGCAAAAAAAAAACAACCUUCCUUCCUGGGGCAGGUUGAAACAUUUGAUUUUGUGAACUGCAGCUGCCUUUCAUAGAUACGUAAUAUUUAAUACAGCGAGGCUCUGACAUAAUCACUUUCUAUUCCAUCAAACGUGGUCUCCCUUUAAUCCCACUGCUGCUGUGAUUGUGGUGUUCGUUUGUGGGUAUGCGGAGAAAUUGUGGCAAAUUGUAUGAAGAGGAUGUGAACGCUGAAGGCCCCGCACUGGUCACUAAUGGUGUGGAGGCUUUAAACGCACAACGCUGAAGACUCAUGGGAAAAAGCAAGUGUAUUAUUAUUUUUUUAACUUUAUUUAACCAGAUAGUUGACUUAAAACAUCACAGUCGGCAUUUUCUAUUUGUUCCCAGGGCACCAUAAGAUGUUUCUUUUUACAUGCGUUACAUAUUUUAGAUAAUGAAUUUGCUGCACCUUUUUAGUCAAUUCUUUCUGUGUUGUGUGAUAAUGACGUGCCUUGUAUCAGCUGUUGAUACUGGCACACAUAAUUCCUCGAAAAUAUUCUUUCUGUGCCAGUUUGUGAGCACGAAGCGUCAAAACUGCAAGUAGCCAUGAGAUUAAAAUGUCCUCGUCUUGCCCCACUUGUCUUAAAUAAAUGAAGUUUUACCAAUACGAUAUGUACUUUCUGAAAAUUAACUUUGCUCAAGUCGGUCACAAGCUAUGAGGAAGAGUGAUCAAGCCAUCUGGGUAAGAUUACAAGAUUGCACUAAAGGAAAUUGGAAGACAAAAGGGAGGCAGAAUAAAGCAAAGCAGUGAAUGCCAUGUUGAAAAGCAUUGCAACGUGUCUGGAGGACAAUUUUAAGUAGCCUUAAUGUGACCAAGCAAUUUUUCCCGUCGGGUGGUACGGCUACGCCGGACAAUGGAGCAAUUGUUGCUUCCCGCCCAGAAGAACUUUUCAUCGUCCUCUAGACAAACGAGCGCAUGUCUGUAUAUUUUGGGUGUACACGUCAAUGCAGAUCUGCUGUACAAUAUUGAAAUAAAAAUAAUGGUAUUUAUUGA